AGGUAAGGUUGGGGGUGUUGUCCCCUUCCACAUCUCUGCUCUGGGACAUCACAUCAGGAAAGCCUGAAGUGAUUCACUGAUGAGUCAACAGCUAUGAGCUAUAAAGCCACAGCACUGAUGGAGCCUAAGCAUGGCACAGCUCGCUCACCUAAAGGUAGGUGUUGUUCUCAAGGCACAAAACCACUCACACACAAAAAAAAGGCGCUAUGGCUGUAUACCCUGCUCUUUUUUGCUCCUGUGUAAUGACGGUGCUCACGCUCGCACAUGGCCGUGGUCUUCCUACAGACAGCAUGAAAAACUCUGUCAAACUACAAGUCGAGAACAUCAUCUCCAGAAUCCAGAAACACAAAGAUGAGUUCCAAAUACUCCAUAAAAUGAUCCUGGAUAGUCCCGAGCUCUUGCCCGAGCUGCAGUCCGAUAAGCCCAUCGAUGGUCUGAGCUCCAUGGUGGACACGCUGAACAACUUCCAGCGAGUUCUUCACAGCCUGCCCAAGGGUCACAUGAGCCAACUUCACAGUGAUGUAAGCACACUGCAGCACUACCUGGAAGACCGGAUGAGCUCACUGCAGUGCACACACAGGAAAACAGGCACAGAGAAGAACCUGGAGGCCUUCCUGAAAAACCACAGCAUGUACUACAUCACCCUGGGUCACAUCACUCUGGAUAGACUGCAGAAAUACUUACAGAGACUUAACCACAAUCUGGACCAGCUGAGAACAUGCUGAAAUGAAAGAUCCCUGUAUUGCUUUUUUAUUAUUGUAUUUUUGCUCGAUUUAUUUAUAUGAAUGUAUUUAUGAACCAAAUAACUAUUUCCUAUUUUAUUUUUUAUAUGUUUUAAGAUGUUAAAUUAAUGCAUUUGGGAACCAGAGCAGACAUUCCCAUCAGGCUUCACGUUCACACAUGCAUGCACACAGACAUACACAUUAUACACGCUGACAUCACCACCA